AUGGUGCAGUCUAACACGCCGCCAGCAGCAUCAACUGAUCGUACGAAUAGCAAUAAAAUUUCAAAUAGAAAUCUAGAAAAUAACCCUGCUGGCGCGAAUUUUCGCGUUGUGAUUGAUGAAUCUUUAGUAUCUGCUCUUUUAGAGUGUGCUUAUUCGGAUUGCCGUCACCAUGUUUUGGGUUAUCUGGGUGGAAUGUGUACUAUGGAUACACCGGAGAGAGAUACCAUCACGUGUCAUGUCACCAAUUUUUACUCAUCAGGAAGAUCUUUGCCAUCCCUUUUAACUGGUAAUAUUCGCGAAACCGAUACAGCCAGAACACAUGCACUUGAACUAUUUAAGAGUUUAGGAUGUAACUUAAUAGGCUGGUAUCGAAGUCAUUUUUCAUCAAGUAUCAAAUACACGCCAACUGAUGCAGAUAUUGCAAAACAGCGAGAACUUCAAUCACAGUUUCCAAAUAGUAUAGCCAUUGUCGUCUCAAUUUCUACGACUUCACGUCCCGUAUUCGGUGCACAGAAGACGAAAAUUGUUAAUGACACACUCAAUGAAUUAUUCGUUUUUCGAGCAUCAUCAUCUAUAACUA